UCAGUGUCUAAGCCGACCCGGAGCUGGAGGAGACCCGGAGCAGGAAACCUGGGACUUUGGAGGUGCCCCAGGACUGGGGAAGGGAGCCCGGGGCCUCCGGGUUGCAAGGUUGAAGUUCUUGUGUAGAUAGGAGGGCCUACUGAAAACAGUUAAACCAGCUCCCAUUGUUUAGAUGGGAAAAGUGAGGCCCCAGGGCACGCAAACCCAUUGAAUAUGCCCAGAAGUCAGGUCUGCCAGACGAGAGCCUUUCGGCAGUUCUAAGUGAUGCUGCUCAGGACAGACAAGGGCUGGGACAAGGGCUCGGAAGGCCACAUUCCACUACCGGACUCUGCACAGCGACAAGGAGGGCACUGUGCUGGAUGACAGCCGGGUGCGUGGCAAGCCCAUGGAGCUCAUCAUUGGCAAGAAGUUCAAGCUGCCUGUGUGGGAGACCAUCGUGUGCACCAUGCGUGAAGGGGAGAUCGCCCAGUUCUGCUGCGAUGUCAAGCACGUGGUCCUGUAUCCGCUGGUGGCCAAGAGUUUACGCAACAUCGCGGCUGGCAAGGACCCCCUGGAGGGCCAGAGGCACUGCUGCGGGAUCGCCCAGAUGCACGAACACAGCUCCCUGGGCCAUGCCGAUCUGGACGCCCUGCAGCAGAACCCCCAGCCUCUCAUCUUCGACAUUGAGAUGCUUAAGGUGGAGAGCCCUGGCACGUACCAGCAGGACCCCUGGGCGAUGACGGAUGAGGAGAAGGCGAAGGCGGUGCCGGUCAUCCACCAGGAGGGCAACCGGCUGUACCGUGAGGGCCACGUGAGGGAGGCCGCCGCCAAGUACUACGACGCCAUCGCCUGCCUCAAGAACCUGCAGAUGAAGGAGCAGCCUGGGUCCCCUGACUGGAUCCAGCUGGAUCAGCAGAUCACCCCGCUGUUGCUCAACUACUGUCAGUGCAAGCUGGUGGCCCAGGAGUACUACGAGGUGCUGGACCACUGCUCCUCCAUCCUCAACAAGUAUGACGACAACGUCAAGGCCUACUUCAAGCGGGGCAAGGCGCACGCGGCCGUGUGGAAUGCCCAGGAGGCCCAGGCUGACUUUGCCAAGGUGCUGGAGCUGGACCCCGCCCUGGCGCCCAUCGUGAGCCGUGAGCUUCGGGCCCUGGAGGCACGCAUCCGGCAGAAGGACGAAGAGGACAAGGCUCGCUUCCGGGGCAUCUUCUCCCACUGAUGGGGCUCUGCCGGCCCUGCCUGCCCUGCGUUGCCCCCUGCUGCUGCCGCCAGCGCCCCUGCCCCUCCCCGUCAUGCUUCUCUGUAUAUAAAGGCCGUAUUUAUCUCUC